UCCCCAAUCCAUAGUACAUAUACAUAUCAGUGGAUCUAGUAAGUGAUCAAGUAAGUGACGUGCAUUGUGCGUAGUUGACGAUAGUGAAGGGCAUACAUAGCAAUUAUGAAUAGUAUUCCUGUACAAUUGGGAACACUAUUCAGGUCAUAGCGAUCGAUAACCAAGCAGUGAAGAAAUUUAAGUGAAUCGAACUUUUUAAGCGAGAUACGAUGAGGAGAGUACAGACUAAUAAUCAAACAUGGUCGUUCCAUACAAGUGCAAAUGCAAGUUCUAGUAAUUUCUGGCCUGAACUUUGUCAGAUGAAUCAGUUCAAACAUUCUGUAUGUGAGAAGAAAACAAAGGAUACUGGAGAGAGUGACCAGAUAAUAAAUUUGGAUGAUUUGGAAUAUCCUGAACUUAGUAGCACGACUGUUAGCGACAAGAAUGCUGUUGCAUUAAAGAAACAGUUUUCGGCGAAUCCUACUACAGAUCUUGUACCGCUUGCUCAAUUCAAUGAAGAACCAAAGAGAUCAAGAAGGUGUAGAAGAACAGAUAAAAUCUGUAUUAAUCUUCAAGAUGCUUUGGAAAACACCAGAUACACGAAUAAAAUGAACAACAGAGCACUACCAAAAUUUAGGAUCAACAUUUUUAAGGGAAUUUCUGGAGUAACACCGUCAAAUAUUGUAGACAGAAACAAUAUUCCUAAUUUCAAGAAAGUUAAACUUUCUAUUUCCAAAGAUUCUAGGUUAAAAAGAAUAAUUCUGUUAAAUCGAAACAUGAAAGCACAAACCAAUAUGUAUAAAAGAGAGGCUUUCGAGCGUGAAAAAAUACAGGCUAUUUAUAAAGAUAUCGAUAGUAUCAAUUUUAAUGCCUUAAAAAUCACUGCGGAUCCUGAAAUAGAUGUAGAUUAUGCUAAACGUAUGUGUACAAUGACGUUGUAUGGCAAAGAUUUCAGAUCUAGAAAUGCAGAAAGCAUUCCUGAAAGCUCUGUAUAUUACAGACCAGAUGUAAUUGAACAGGUAAAUAAUCUUUGCAUUCAAAAGACAUUUGUACCAAAUAAAUUCUUUCAAAGACCUUAUCGAUUCCACGAUGAAAAAUCUACGAUUCUACGAUUCUGCGAUGAUAAAUCUAAAAGACGUCAUCGAUUGUACGAUGAAAGACCUAAAAGACCUUGUCCAUUGUUCGAUCAUGUAGUUGUAAAUGAUAUUGUAAAACGUACGCUUUCCCUUGAAAUAACGGAUGAUAUCGAACAUAAUAUUAAACAAGAGAUUAAACAGGAGAUUAAACAAGAACCUACAAAUAACGAAGAAGAUCUUAAACAUUAUCUAGUAUAUUCUCGAAAUUUUAGAGAAUACUGUACGAACAUGUUGACACAUCACUUGACCAGUAGUUUAGAAAUAUUUCUGCGAGAAAUUACAAGGCUCCAAAAAAGAUAUCACGAGAAAAAUCCGAGCAAAUCGAGAUACAAACGGCGUUACUAUUCUGGUUUGAAGGAAGUACGGAAGCACGUUGAAUUGAAGAAGAUUAAAUUUGUGAUCAUCGCUCCUGACCUCGAAAAGGUCGAACUCGAAGGUGGACUAGACGAUGAAGUUGCCAAGCUGCUCGAUGCGUGCAGGAUGCAAAACGUCGUUUUCUGUUUCGGUCUUGCACGGCGAAAAUUGGGAUAUUAUUCUCAUGGAAAAGGAUUCGUCGCCUGCAUCGGUGUUGCGAAUUACAGUGGCGCCGAAGAACUAUUCAGGAACGUCUUGAUCCAACUGGUGUACGCCAGGAACGUUUUCAAAAAGCUUCAUGGCGCCAGAGACGCCAUCAUCGAUAUAUCGAAACUCGUUUCGGAUGAUGAUUUGCUCUCGGAUAUUAUUACCACUCUUCUAAAAGUUUUGUCUCCCAAUUAUAUACAUACCAACGUGUGUUGA